UUCUCUUUUUUUUAUUCUGAAGGUUCUUAACCACCGCCCUGGCUGUUGAAUCAGUCUAUGGUCUUCAAUUCUUCAUCUCUCUACCACCCUUCCAACCAAAAAAAAAAACAACCUUUUGAAUCUUUCUUCAACAAACCACUCACCAUUUUCAUUCCAAAUUCUCAAUCAAAAAACCCCAGAUGCCACAUUCUAUCUCCAGUGAUACCCUUUCUUCCACCCUCCCAUGACAUCCAUUUUCUCUUCACAACUUUGCAUUGCACCAUUGAAAAUCAAAAACCUUGCACACUUUGAUUUCUUUACACACAUACUUUAACACAAUUCAAACCUUCUUUCUUACUCUCUUUUCCUCUUUUGAAAACUACGACUUCUUCUCCUAUUGCAGUCUUUGGUUGGUGUUGAUUAUUCUGCUUCAAUUCUGCUACCAACUUUUUGAACCUUGGGGACCUUCUGUCCCCUUUUUAAUCCAAAAAACACAAAACAAACCCUUCUAUUUAGAAUCUUGGUGUGAGUGGUUUUUGCGUUUUGUUUGCUCUAGUUUUAUCAAAAAGUUUGAAUUGAAUGAAAUGGUUGUUGAGCUUUGCUCAGAGAAUUGUGGGGUAUCAUCCAUGAGUCCUAGGAUUUCAUUUUCUCAUGACUUCUCCCAAUCAGAUGUUAUUCCAGUGGAGAAACACCCUUUGAGAUCAAACUCAUCUGGCUUGAGCUCAAGCAUUGACUUCAAUUUCUGUGUUCAGGAAAGCUUAGAGCUUGAAUCCUCUUCAGCAGAUGAGCUUUUCUCACAUGGGGUUAUCCUUCCCACUCAAAUCAAGAAGAAGAGCCUCAACCAUGUUCUUCUGAAGCAAAAAAGUCAACAGCUAGCGCCACCAUCUCAACCCCCAUUACCACCCUCGAAAUCUGUUUGUGAUAAUGCCCCUUCCACCACCAGAAAAAGUUUAAAGAAAGAGAGUCACAAAGAUAGCAAGGACUUGAAUGAGGAAGCUGAUGAGAAGCAUAGUUCCAAGUCAUUCUGGAGAUUUAAGAGAAGCAGCAGCUGUGGAAGUGGAUAUGGGAGAAGCUUAUGCCCUUUGCCACUUUUGUCUAGAAGCAAUUCAACAGGAUCUUCACCAAGUGUUAAGAGGAUACCACUGUCAAAGGAGGGUCAUCAAGUUAAGCAAAAUUCCCAGAAACGUUCUUCCCCUAUCUCAAGGUCUCACUCUCAAUCCUUGGCUUCACACAAUAACCAUCAAAAGCCUCCAUUGAAGAGGAGCCAUGGCUCCUACGCUAAUGGUAUCAGAGUUAGUCCUGUUCUCAAUGUUCCUUCUGCAAACCUUUUUGGUUUUGGCUCAAUCUUCUCCAAUAAUAGAGAUAAGAGCAAGAAGAAAUAGUUCACAAACAAAAAACAGAACUUCUAUUCUAAUUUACAAUUUUACUAAUUUGCAAAUGAGUGGGGUCUACCUUUUUUUUAUGUGUACUUCCCGGAUUUACCAUGUGAUUAGGAAAAUUUGCUGUAGAGUUUUCAAAGGUAAAUGAAAUGGUUUGGUUUGCUUCAAGAAGACAAAGUGAUGAUAAAAAGAAAAUGUGUGUAUGUGAAUGGGAUGGCCAAACAAUGAUAUUCAGCCACAUGUUUGGUGUCACAAAAUGUCAGGUAAAUGUUGCUUUCAUGGCUGUCCCUUCUUAGUGUAUUAUUUCUCUCUUCUUUUGUUCUUUGGUUACACAAGGUGUAAAAACGUUGAUUUAACCAUGUCCCUUUUUGCUUUACUCAUGGUUCUCUGCAAUUCUGCAUGAACAAAGAUGAAAAGGAGAAGUUGAUGGUA